AUGCAUGAGACAAUAACACUUGGCUUAUCUCAAAAUGCUAACCAUAUAGCCACACAUCUUUAUAAUAACCAAGAAUCACAUCUUAGUUACAAGAAGGGUAGUUCUUCAAACUAUGACAAUUUGGUAUAUUUGACAUCGACAAGAAAUUUUCAAGGUACGAUCAACUACAACCCAAGAGCGAUUUUGUAUGAACUUAAUGGUGGAAUUGGAGCGUUGGGAAAAUUUGACUACUACGGCCCUGAAAUAAGAGGCAUGCAUGAAGAAGAGCGAGAUGAGAAAAUUGGUAAAGGCUCUAUGCAAAACGUUGACACAUUUGGUGAAUCCGAUGAUCUUUUUAAGCCCUUCCCCAAGAUUGAGAAGAAUUCUUACCAAAAAGCUUUAGACUCCGGGAGUGUUAAACAAGGUAUGCUAACAGUGGAGAAUACGAAGUAUUGGUCUGAUUAUAAUAAACUUAUUUACAAACCAAGUUCAUUGAACACUCUAACCGAUUGGGUACAUGAUCCUGCUUCAGAUGCGUCUUUUGGACAUAGUAGAAAUGGAGAGCAAAGUAAAUUUAGCAAUUAUUACGUUGGAGUAAACGAAUAUAAUAGUAAGGAAAAUGUGGAUCACACCGAGACAUUUAGAUCAUAUCUUGAAGAUUGUGAUCUUUUCCAGGGCAUGAAUAUUUUAACUGAAGUUGAUUCAGGUUGGGGUGGGUUCACUGAUUCAUAUCUUACUGAAAUUAAAGAUGAGUAUUUUAAUAACGGCGGAGACUCCAAGUAUAGUUUUUGGAAUUGGGCGAUAUACAAUAACAACUUGACCAUGGAUUUGGAUUCGAAAUUAUCAAGAGUAAAGACAACUAUUGCGCUCAUAAAGAAUUCUACACUAUAUUUCGGCGUAACAGGCAGCCCGGAUUACAAGAAAUCGAGUGGAAUUAUUAACCAAGACAAUUUCAAACAGUCAAGCCUAUGGCAUUCAAGCGCUGUUAAAUCGUUGUUGAUUGACAACCUUUGGACCAUAGGCAAUCAAAAUUCAGAGAGGAUAAGUAUGAACCAAUUUGAGAGUGAAUUAUUGAGGGGGAACACGUCAAGGAAUAUAGUCGGAGACAUAAAUAUUCAUUCUGAAAGUAAAGCAGUUGAAGAUAGGAUAGAAAACAUGAUGAUUGAUGUGAGCAGAAAUCAGAUUAACGAUUUGUAUGCUUCUGCUGCAUCAGAGGCUUCCGAAGUAGGAUCUAGUGGCAGCAAGGGAAACACAGAAAGCAAUCCACUCGAUUUCACUAAUGAGAUUUACAAACCAUUGAAGCCAUCUAAAUACUUUUCCAAGAGCUAUAUCAUCCCCAUUAAUCUUGGAGUAGAUCUCGCGGCUAAGAAUAAGGCACAACUAUCAGUACAAGAACCUUUCCCAAUAACCGAGUACAAUAUAAUGAACCCCAGUACUAUAACCCUGAAUUAUACUUUCCCACAGGAUAUCAUACGUGAACCAACAUCUAUCUACACUGAAUUCGGCAUAUCAUCAAAGCCCAAAGAUUUGCUUAAGGACUAUAAGCUAUUCUUGCAAAGAACGAGUAAAAUUUCAAACCGAGGAGGGUAUAAGUACGAUAAUUUUGACAUUGAUGAAUUGGUUGAGGAUGUGAAUGGGCUUAUAGAGGAAUAUACGUACGAUUGGGAGAGCGAGGACGAAGAAUGGGAUUGA